AUGCUGCCGUGCAGCAAGGCCGGCUUCCUGUACGCGAUCGAUGUGGAGACCGUGAAUGCUGGUAUCCCUUAUGCGGACAGCUUCUGCAUCUUGGUGCACUACUGCAUCCACCGCAUCUCGGAUACGCAGAGUUCGAUCGCCGUCUACGGUCAGAUCAAGUACAAGAAGUCGGUGUGGGGUCUGGUGAAGACGAUGAUCGAGAAGAACUGCUGGCAGGGUCUCGAGGAUUUCUUCACGAAUCUGGGUUCCGCACUCGUCGAGCACUCCAAGGAGACCAUCAGUAUUACUGUUAAGAGGAAAUCCCGUCGACGACGGCGACCCCUCAGCAUCCAGAGACCCAGCUCCGAGGAGAUCGAGCCAAGAGGAACAAUGACGAGGGGUUCGAGAACGGGCGCUGCCGCCAGACGUCUCUCGCACAUCAGCACUUCCAACAUCAUAGUGUUCGCCGUUCUGCUGCUGCUCAUCGGAUUGAAUUUCGUUCUGUAUUACAAGCUGCAGUCGCUGGAGGACGACGCUCCGCCCUAUUCCAUCAUAGAUUUACACGUACUUAAGGACCCACCAAAGAGCCACGACGAUUGGAUAAAGCUGCUGCAGAAGCAGGAGGCGUUGCACACGGUCGAGAUGCAAAAGUGGCAGAAGGUUCUCAGGACGGCCAUCAAGCUGCUGAAACAAACUGAAGAGUCGCUGAACGAGCUGCAACGCUCCAUCCAUCCGACGUAUACGAACAAGAUCAUGUCGAUCAUCGAGAAUCAUCGCAACUUUGGUGAGCAGCUUCCGCGAGACGACGACGACGAAGACGCCCACCACCACCAUGACGACGGUAACGCCGCCCACCGUAACGAGGAUUUAUGA